CUGAGUAAAAAGCACACAGAAUGUCUGGAAGAGGCAAAACUGGCGGCAAGGCUCGCGCCAAGGCCAAGACUCGCUCUUCUCGUGCGGGACUCCAAUUUCCGGUGGGUCGUGUCCACAGGCUGCUGCGCAAAGGUAACUAUGCAGAGCGUGUGGGUGCCGGUGCCCCGGUGUACCUGGCGGCAGUGCUGGAGUACCUGACGGCUGAGAUUUUGGAGUUGGCCGGGAACGCCGCUCGCGACAACAAGAAGACCCGCAUCAUCCCGCGCCACCUACAACUGGCCGUCCGCAACGAUGAGGAGCUUAACAAGCUGCUGGGCGGAGUCACCAUCGCUCAGGGCGGCGUGUUGCCCAACAUCCAGGCCGUACUGCUGCCCAAGAAGACCGACAAGCCGGCCAAGGCCAAGUAGACCCAAAGCUCUGCGCACAACACAAAGGCUCUUUUCAGAGCCACACACCACUCAAACAGCGAAGCCUCAGUCUGCAAAAUAUUAUGUGCUGAAUGAAUUACCUGCGAAAUUUU